CUCUCUUCACUUCUACUCACGCGUAGGUCACCCUCCCUCCACCCAUUUUGUCCCUGUCCCCCUCACUCAUCAUCACCUCUCCCCGGGGCUGCCUUCUCGGGGGACUCUGCCGACGGAGAUGCUGCAGACUCUGCGGCCAGGGUCUGCUCUCCGGAGAGCCCUCGAAUCACCUCUCCCUGCUACCCUGGGCCGCGGGAGGCAAGUUUCCGCCCCGUGCUUUCCCCAGUGACAGGAGUUGGCGGUGGCCACAGCCGGGCUGGCGGAGGGAGGGCCGGCCUGCCUCCCGAGCCCCCUCCCCGGCUCGCGAGCUCGCGCGGUCUGAGUCCCUCUCCGCAAGUGAGGAGACGCCGACGAGGAGGAGGAGGAGGAGGAGUAGGAGGAGGGAGCUGGGGGAGGAUCUCCAUUGAAAUAAACAACCAGGCAGCAGUUAUUAACACGGGAACAUGGCGGCCGCAGCCUCCGCUACGGCUUCGGCGGCGAAGGUCAGCGCCGACGGCAGCAGGCACCUGACGGCGUGACCGACCCGAGCCGAUUUCUCUUGGAUUUGACUACAGAUUUAGAGGUCUUCUGCGCUGUGUACAGGCACAGUUGCUGAUAUGUGUUCAAGAUGAGUGGGAUGGGAGAAAAUACCUCUGACCCGUCCAGGGCAGAGACAAGAAAGCGUAAGGAAUGUCCUGACCAGCUUGGACCCAGUCCCAAAAGGAGCACUGAGAAGCGCAACCGUGAACAGGAAAACAAAUACAUAGAAGAACUUGCGGAGUUAAUUUUUGCAAAUUUUAAUGAUAUAGACAACUUUAACUUCAAACCUGACAAAUGUGCAAUCUUAAAGGAAACUGUGAAGCAAAUUCGCCAGAUCAAAGAACAAGAGAAAGCAGCAGCUGCCAACAUAGAUGAAGUGCAGAAGUCCGACGUGUCAUCUACGGGGCAGGGCGUCAUCGACAAGGAUGCGCUGGGGCCCAUGAUGCUGGAGGCCCUUGAUGGGUUCUUCUUUGUAGUGAACCUGGAAGGCAACGUGGUGUUUGUUUCAGAGAAUGUAACACAGUAUCUAAGGUAUAACCAAGAAGAGCUGAUGAACAAAAGUGUAUAUAGCAUCCUGCAUGUUGGGGACCACGCAGAGUUUGUCAGAAACCUGCUGCCAAAGUCUAUAGUGAAUGGGGGUUCCUGGUCCGGCGAGCCCCCCAGGCGGAACAGUCACACUUUCAAUUGCCGGAUGCUGGUGAAACCUCUACCUGACUCAGAGGAGGAGGGUCAUGAUAACCAGGAAGCACAUCAGAAAUAUGAAACUAUGCAGUGCUUUGCUGUCUCUCAACCAAAGUCCAUCAAAGAAGAAGGAGAAGAUCUGCAGUCAUGCUUGAUUUGCGUGGCAAGAAGAGUUCCUAUGAAGGAAAGACCAAUUCUCCCCUCAUCAGAAAGUUUUACAACUCGCCAAGAUCUCCAAGGCAAGAUCACUUCUCUGGACACUAGCACCAUGAGAGCAGCCAUGAAGCCAGGCUGGGAGGACCUGGUGAGGAGGUGCAUCCAGAAGUUCCAUGCACAGCACGAAGGGGAGUCCAUCUCCUACGCCAAGAGGCAUCAUCAUGAAGUGCUCCGACAAGGACUGGCCUUCAGUCAGAUCUAUCGAUUUUCCUUGUCCGAUGGCACGCUUGUCGCUGCGCAAACAAAGAGCAAGCUCAUCCGCUCUCAGACCACCAAUGAACCUCAGCUCGUGAUCUCGUUACAUAUGCUUCACAGAGAGCAGAAUGUGUGUGUGAUGAAUCCGGAUCUGACUGGACAAGCGAUGGGGAAGCCAUUGAAUCCAAUUAGCUCUAGCAGUCCUGCCCAUCAGGCCAUGUGCAGUGGGAACCCAGGUCAGGACAUGACCCUCAGUAGCAAUAUAAAUUUCCCCAUAAAUGGCCCAAAGGAACCAAUGGGCAUGUCUCUGGGCAGAUUUGGUGGUUCUGGGGGCAUGAACCAUGUGUCAGGCAUGCAAGCAACCACUCCUCAGGGUAGUAACUAUGCACUUAAAAUGAACAGUCCCUCUCAGAGCAGCCCUGGCAUGAACCCAGCACAGCCCGCCUCCAUGCUUUCACCAAGGCAUCGCAUGAGCCCCGGAGUGGCUGGCAGCCCGCGAAUCCCACCCAGUCAGUUUUCCCCUGCAGGAAGCUUGCAUUCCCCCGUGGGAGUUUGCAGCAGCACAGGAAAUAGCCAUAGUUAUACCAACAGUUCCCUCAACGCCCUUCAGGCCCUCAGUGAGGGGCACGGGGUCUCAUUAGGGUCCUCACUGGCUUCGCCGGACCUAAAAAUGGGCAAUUUGCAAAACUCCCCAGUUAAUAUGAAUCCUCCCCCACUCAGCAAGAUGGGAAGCUUGGACUCCAAAGACUGUUUUGGACUUUAUGGGGAGCCAUCUGAAGGUACAACUGGACAAGCCGAGAGCAGCUGCCACCCCGGAGAGCAGAAGGACGUGGGCGAUUCCGGCAUGGCGCAGGCCGUGAGCAGCGACCGUGCUGACGGACAGAGUAGGCUGCAUGACAGCAAAGGGCAGACCAAACUCCUCCAGCUGCUGACCACCAAGUCCGAUCAGAUGGAGCCUUCGCCCUUAUCCAGCUCUUUGUCGGACACAAACAAGGACUCCACGGGAACUCUGCCUGGUUCUGGAUCAACCCAUGGGACCUCGCUCAAAGAAAAACAUAAAAUUUUGCACAGACUCUUGCAGGACAGCAGUUCCCCUGUGGACUUGGCCAAGUUAACAGCAGAAGCCACGGGCAAAGAGCUGAGCCAGGAGUCCAGCGGCACGGCCCCCGGGUCGGAAGUGACUAUUAAACAAGAGCCAGUAAGCCCCAAGAAAAAAGAGAAUGCACUACUUCGCUAUUUGCUAGAUAAGGAUGAUACUAAAGAUAUUGGUUUACCGGAAAUAACCCCCAAACUUGAGCGAUUGGACAGUAAGACAGAUCCUACCAGUCACACAAAGCUAAUAGCUAUGAAAGCUGAGAAGGAGGAGCUGAGCUUUGAGCCCAGUGAUCAGCCUGGCAGUGAGCUGGACAACUUGGAGGAGAUUUUGGAUGAUUUGCAGAAUAGUCAAUUACCACAGCUUUUCCCAGACACGAGGCCAGGCGCCCCUGCUGGAUCAGUUGACAAGCAAGCCAUCAUCAAUGACCUCAUGCAACUCACAGCUGAAAACAGCCCUGUUACACCUGUCGGAUCUCAGAAAUCGGCAUUGCGAAUUUCACAGAGCACUUUUAAUAACCCACGACCAGGGCAGCUGGGCAGGUUAUUGCCUAACCAGAAUGUACCACUUGACAUCACAUUGCAAAGCCCAACUGGUGCUGGACCUUUCCCACCAAUCAGAAACAGUAGUCCCUACUCAGUGAUACCUCAGCCAGGAAUGAUGGGUAACCAAGGGAUGAUAGGAAACCAAGGAAAUUUAGGGAGCAGUAGCACAGGGAUGAUUGGUAACAAUGCUUCCCGGCCCACCAUGCCGUCUGGGGAGUGGGCACCGCAGAGUGCAGCUGUGAGAGUCACCUGUGCUGCCACCACCAGUGCCAUGAACAGGCCAAACCAAGGAGGAAUGAUUCGCAGCCCGACCGCCAGCAUCCCCAUGCGACCCAGCAACCAGCCGGGCCAGAGACAGAUGCUGCAGUCUCAGGUCGUGAACAUAGGGCCAUCUGAAUUAGAGAUGAACAUGGGGGGACCUCAGUAUAGCCAGCAACAAGCGCCUCCAAACCAGACCGCCCCCUGGCCGGAAAGCAUCCUGCCUAUAGACCAGGCGUCUUUUGCCAACCAAAACAGGCAGCCAUUUGGCAGCUCUCCCGAUGACUUGCUGUGCCCACACCCAGCAGCCGAGUCUCCCAGUGACGAGGGAGCCCUCCUGGACCAGCUCUACCUGGCGCUGCGCAAUUUCGAUGGCCUGGAGGAGAUUGAUCGUGCUUUGGGAAUACCAGAGCUGGUCAGCCAGAGCCAAGCAGUUGAUCCAGAGCAGUUCUCAAAUCAGGAUUCCAACAUCAUGAUGGAGCAGAAGGCCCCUGUGUUCCCGCAGCAGUAUGCAUCUCAGGCACAAAUGGCACAGGGCAGCUACACUCCCAUGCAGGAUCCAAACUUCCACACCAUGGGACAGCGGCCUAGCUAUGCCACGCUCCGUAUGCAGCCCAGGCCAGGCCUCAGGCCCACAGGCCUUGUGCAGAACCAGCCAAACCAACUGAGACUUCAGCUUCAGCAUCGCCUCCAAGCACAGCAGAAUCGCCAGCCACUUAUGAAUCAAAUCAGCAAUGUCUCAAAUGUGAACUUGACUCUGAGGCCUGGAGUUCCAACACAGGCACCUAUUAACGCACAGAUGCUGGCCCAGAGACAGAGGGAGAUCCUGAACCAGCAUCUUCGACAGAGACAAAUGCAUCAGCAACAGCAAGUUCAGCAGCGAACGCUGAUGAUGAGAGGACAAGGGUUGAACAUGACACCCAACAUGGUGGCUCCUAGUGGUCUACCAGCAACCAUGAGCAACCCCAGAAUUCCCCAGGCUAAUGCUCAGCAGUUUCCAUUUCCUCCAAACUACGGAAUAAGUCAGCAACCUGAUGCAGGCUUUGCUGGGGCCACGGCCCCCCAGAGUCCACUGAUGUCACCCCGCAUGGCGCACACCCAGAGCCCCAUGCUGCAGCAGUCUCAGGCCAACCCGGCUUACCAGGCCCCCUCCGAUAUGAAUGGGUGGGCGCAGGGCAGCAUGGGCGGAAACAGCAUGUUUUCACAACAGUCCCCACCACAUUUUGGGCAACAGGCAAACACCAGCAUUUACAAUAACAAUAUGAACAUCAGUGUAUCCAUGGCGACCAACACAGGCGGCAUGAACAACAUGAACCAGAUGACAGGACAGAUCAGCAUGACCUCCGUGACCUCCGUGCCUACGUCGGGGCUGUCCUCCCUGGGUCCCGAGCAGGUCAACGAUCCUGCUCUGAGGGGAGGCAACCUUUUCCCAAACCAGCUGCCUGGAAUGGAGAUGAUAAAGCAGGAAGGCGAUGCAUCACGGAAAUACUGCUGACACUGGAGGCCGCUGGUUGCUGCACCUUCAGCUGACCGGGCUCAUUUGCUCACAACGCUUCACAGUCUGGAGAGCCGCGUCUACUUGUUUCCACUUAACCGACGGGCCAGCCAGCUCCCCCCGGGCAAGAUCAGCAGCCGGCCCUGGGCCCGGCCCCCCACGUGGAGCUCCGUGGACUGCAGCAGGCAGAGUAGCCUCUUCUCGACAGCCUGAAGCUCACGUCCGGACAGUUGCUCAGUCUGUUCACUGCAUUCACCUUAGUGCAACUUAGAUCUCUCCUGCAGCGUCAAUGUCGACAGGCAAAUGUCAUCCCAUGUCAGAUUGAAUGUAUUUAAGUGUAUGUAUCUAAGGGGAACCAUGCUCUUGUUGGGUUCCAGACACUGGUUUCUUUGCUUUGUUUUCCCUGGCUAAUCUGUCUAGUUCGAAAGAUUUCAGAUUUCAUCUGGGGGAAAGAAAAGAAUUAACAAACCAAACCAAACAGGCAAAGGUGUUUUGAGCUAAUGCCUGCAUCUGGGAUGCAAGGCAGGUGCGACGGACAGCGCUGUGUAUGCAGACACCCCCUACCCCCACUCAGAGGAGACCAGUAAGUCACACUCGUAUCUUCUUAGACAACUCUAGAGAUCACGUUGUAAAGAACCAAGGAAAAAGAGCCUGUGAGAGGGCUGUUAAUAUUACAGUUAUUUGUUCCUUUUUUUUCCUUGGCAAAAACCAAAUUAGUUCACCAAAUCAUGAACCAAGAAGAAAUACUUUUGAUUUCUGAAUUAAGUUCUUCUCGGAGUAAUCACAGCUUGAAUUAGCAUCUCUUCUCCCUGUGAUCCCACCUGUGCCCUUUCCCACUCUGCCACUCCCAUCCUUCUUCUGUUCAUUCACCUGUUUAAGCUACAGAAACCAGGUAAGCCCUUCAUUUCUGUCAGUGACCAGCCAGCCACUUCCCUAUUGCUAACUAUUGGAUUUCAGAAAAGUGCGUUUACUGGCAAGGAGAGGAGCUGAGCAAGGACUUAAUUGUGGUCAAGCUGCGGACACCUGCUUUGGGAGCAUGCUCGCUUCCGUCCCCAGCAGCCCGGCCUCCGCCCCCGGAGGGAGUGCAUACAGUGGGUUGAAAUUGACAACAGGUAUCCCGACAGAUAUAACCUCUGCCAUGGGUUUUUUUAAUUUUUUUUUUCUAGCAGUGCUGACUAAGCCGACGUUUUGUAAGGUACAUAAAAUCCAAUUUAUAUGUAAACAAGCAAUAAUUUAAGUUGAGAACUUAAGUGUUUUAAUUGUAUAAUUUUUGUGAGGUAUACAUAUUGUGGAACUGACUCAAAAAAUGAGGUACUUCAGUAUUAAAUUAGAUCUCUUCAUAGCAGUGUCUCCUAAAGGUGUUUUAUAAAGGACAUCAAUGCCUUGAUUAGACCUAAUUUGUAGACUUAAGACUUCUUAUUUUCUAAACCUUGUGAUUCUGCUCAUAAAUCAUUUAUCUAUAUGAUAACGCAGCCGCUGUAGGAACCAAUUCUUGAUUUUUAUAUGUUUAUAUCCUUUCUUAAUGACCUUAGAAAGACUAAAUGUUACUAAGCAGGCCACUUUUAUGGUUGUUUUUCUUGCCCACUCCAGUAGGGGAAUAACCUUUUAUUCAUUGACGUUGGUUUCGGACAAGAAACUGACGGCCUUUUUUGAGCUAUUUCCCCCCAAUCCCGUUACACAUCCUUUCUUACCUAGAUUCCAGAUGUCUUUUUGAUGUCUAAAAAGCAAAGCAUUUUAUAAUAUCUCAUUAGCCAAGCUUUUUAGGAACAGAGAAGUUUUCCUUAAACUGUGUUUGUUUAUUUGUGGCAGGGUGAAACAUGUACAACUUCCCCUCUAUUUAUAUUGAUAUCUUCCUCUGCCUGGGCAGAUAGAAGUCCAGAGAGAGAGAUAGCCCAAAGAGAAGGAAAUGGCAAGUAGACAGUCUGAAAGUGUUGCACCAGACUAAAGAAACCUUCUGGAAAUUGGCAUUUCUAUUCCUUUUUCCACUUGAGAGGGACCUACCGGGAGGUAGCCACGGAACAGCACUUCUCAGCUGCUGCCAGUUCGUGUUCCCUCCAAAGCUCAGCUUUUUCUCCACCACACCCUUGGGUUGUCCAGCUGUGCUGGAAGACACGAGCAGGUGUUGGCCCGGAACUCCAGGGCCUCCCCGCAGGGAUGUGGCACGUACGUCCACAAUAUAAUGUGACCGGCUUUCAGUUACUGUUUAGGAAUCUGUGAAUCAGAAUGACUUUCAACUUGACACAGCACAAAAGAGAAAGAGAGGGUAAACUGGAAUUGUUUAAAAUCCCUUUUCACUCUUAACGCCAUCCCAAACCAUCUGUGUAUCUUGAUUGUUUACCUGUCUGCCCACUGUGUUUUAAUGUCACUCCCAAUUCAGACAAAUCGACAAACCUGUGAUGCUGGUCAUUUCAAGUGAUUCAUGGUCAUUACUGUUUGAAGGCAAAGAGAUUACAAAUUCUCUUCUGGUUCAGAUCAGGUAAUGGAUUUUGUUUUGCAUCUAAUUAGGAGAAGAAAAGUAAGUGAAGGAGUCCUCUGAUCAUAUUGAUCACUAUAGAAGCAAAAGCCAAAUCAGUUCCCUUCAUCAUCAGUAUUUCUCAUGCUGUACACAAUAAAUUUGUUUGCUGGAAUACUUGGUUUUUGUUUAAUAGAACAAAUAAUCAGUGUUUUACUUAUAUUACUAAAUGUGAAAAACAUAAUGUGAAAAAUAUACAUAACAUUAUCUUGGUUGUAAAACUCAUUUAAGUGUUCAUGUGACGUGGUAAGUUUAAGAAGUGAAGUGAGCUGUUUUACUACAAUGAAUUCAUUGGACUCAAAGAUAAGAAAUGCCCCCCUCCCCCCAUGUGUAUCUCUUACGGCCUGUGAUCAUUGAAAGCAAUGUUUUUGCAGUUUAUAUGAUGCAAUUUUUAAUCCAUGUUUAAAAAUGGAGUUCCUAUGGGCUGAACACAUGAAAUGGGUGGCACAGAUCCACUUGCAGAACCCAAAGAUACACAAUCAAUUUUGAAAUGCAACUUAAGCCAUUAAUUGUUGGUGUGAAUUUAAAAUUUUCUAGUGUUUGUAUGGUAGUAUGCUGCCUAAAAGCAAAGCAUUCUCUGCACAAAAAAAAAAAAACAAUUACUGUAGUGGCUUCGAUUUUAAUUAGAACUUUCUCCCUGGUAUUUCUUUAUAGACUAAAACAAAAUCUUUUAAGUUUCUUACUACAGGUAAAAGCUAUGUGCAAGAACCUCAAAAUGCUAAAAUCUAGCAUAAUGCCUUAGAUCUGUUUUUAAGUCUUGUAUAUUCCUACAUAGCUGUCCGAUGUAUUAUAUUUGUAUAGUGAAUUGUGUACAAUUUUUGAAUAAGUACAUCAUCACUUAACCUUUAUGUUAUUGAAUGGUGAUGAUGAUACAUUUCUUCAGACAUUUAACUGUCAUUUUUUUUUUCUUUGUCAUUUGUGGGUUUUAUUUGUACAGUUCCUCAUGAAGUUGCAUCUGAGAUGUGUGUAUAUGAAAAGAUUAUACAAGGGUAAAAUUAAGCAAUAUAUUACCUAUGGUUCUUCAGGAGAAAGCUUACAGUGUUUCAGGUUGUGAUUUAUUUUCCAAAUGGAGUGGACUCUGAGCAUCACUUUGUUCACCUGCGUUGAUGUUUGUAUUCCUAGUGUGAGCAGUUUAUGCAAAGGUAGAUCUAUUCAGAGAAAUUUUAAAUACAUUUAUGCAAGUUAAUAUUGCUUUGCUGAUGCUAUUUGCUUAUUUGAUGUUAAAUAAUGCUAUUGUAAAUAAAGAAUUCUGUUGUUAUUGCAUCAUUUAAUAAAUUUUAAUGCCUUCGGGUUUUACAUGGC